UCUCCCCUCCCCAUUCGAACGCGGAGCAGACGCAUUGGUGCUGAGGAGACGCGCGGAUAGUAACGCCACAGUCAGAGGCGUGAGGACGACACGAUUCAUCCACAGCACAGCCGCGAACACGGCAAAAAAUGCAGCUCUCAGCACAUUAUAAAGCAUAAGCGCUUCGUGUGAUGGAUGUUUGCGCUCCCGGCGGAUGGAUUAACACGGAGAUGCACAGCCAGUGCUGGGGAUCCUACUAGUGAAAGUGAACUAACCUCUAAUGAUGCCUGAUGAAAUGGUCUACUUGUGUCACGUGAUGUGGGAUGCUCUGGGCUGUACGUCAUGGAGACUGUAAUGUUAAUGCUGGAGCUGCAGUGAGCGGCAAUCCCUCUCUCUCAUGCAUGCCUUAAAGAUAUCAUAAGGAAAACUCCACCAUCUACUCACUGGAACCUUAACCUAAACAAAUUUAAUGGGGAAAAUAAGAAGAGUCUCAUUAAGAUGACACGCACAGAUCCACCUGACAUACUAGUAUCAACUGUGUAUCAAGAUGUCAAAGUGAGUUCCCUCUCAACCCACUCCAAAGCCUGUCAUCCCUCAAAACAAUGUGAUUCCCCAUCUGUCAGCAAACUGGAGAACACUCGAAAAAAAAGCAAAAACAAAAAGAGGCACUGCCGUAGCUUUGACACUGAGUCUAUGGACAAACUCCGAUAUCAUACAAUAGCAAUGGAGUACCCAUACAGAAGGGCUGAAAGAUACGCGGCCAAUCCAGAGGUUGCCUGGAACGCCUUAGGUCGCCAACAAGGGCAUGGACUCCACCGGUUUUCUUCCCCAGACAUAUUUAGCUACCGUCUCACCUCACAGCCAACGGCUGCUGAGAUGCCUGCUGAAAUUGCGGUGACGGAACAAAAGCGGAGGACUAGAUCUAGAAGUGCCUCACGGGUUCAGACCAGCCUAACUCCUGUAUCUUUUGAUGCUUCCCCGCCAGUGGCAAGAAGGGGUCGGGAGGCUCAAAGGGCACACAGAAACAGUCAGCCAAGGCCAGAAGUUUCCCCAAGAAGAGAGUCUUCCUAUGGUGCCACGCGAGCACAUGUAAACGAAGUACACCCUGUCAAACUGCAGCCGCAAAGGAGUGAUACAAGCAGGUAUUCCCCUGUAUAUGUGCCUGAAGGUUAUGAUGAAGGAAGGCCAGAAAAGCCUGCCACUAGUCCUCAUGUUCGGUGCCGGGUAGACAUCAAACCAGAUGAGUCGGCCAUGCAGCAAGGUGGCCGAAAGGCAGCUACACCCCAAGUGGACAUACCUUGGCAGAAGUAUCCAGGCAGUGGCAGUAGGAGUCUGACAGUGCCUCGCCAUUUCUCCACUUCAAGAACUCCAACUCCAACUGAAUCCUACAUGGGAGAAUACAGGCAGGCGUACCAGUAUUCCCAAAGUAUGCCAAAUAGCUACAUGCAGCCUAUGGAGAUCCCUUUACAAAAGGUGGUCUCACCACGGGAGCCAAGGGAACACUAUGGACGGGAACGAAGGGCUCAUUCAAGCCCCAAUGUGCCAACUAAAUUCUUCUAUGCAGAGGACUUAGGGAAGUAUGGAUCUUCAGCGCCAUCAAGGACUUAUUAUCAAGAUGACCGAUACAGCAUUCCUAGCCAACCCUACUCACCUAAGGUACAAUAUGUACAGGAUCCAAGGACUCACAUUGUUCAUACUGUACCAACCCGGCCAUAUUAUACAGAAGUCGACCCCUACCAUUACUCUGGACAACAUGUGUAUGCGAAAUCCUAUGCUGCAAGUGAACCAGGGGCGUAUAUAAUUCAGACACCUCCAGGAAGGACUUUAUAUGGCGAUGACCCAAGGACAUAUCAGAUUCAAACAGCCCCUCCUCGGAUCUUCUACAUGGCUGACCCCUACACUCCACAAAUGGAGCAUCAUAUUCCAGCCAAGGCAUAUUACACUGAAGGAAGACGACAUGCCCGUGUUGUGCAGCCACAAUCUGAGGACUGGUACGGCUCAGAUGUUUCUGGCUACUCUAGCCAUUACCCGUCCUCUUAUGUCUCACAGAUUACUCCCACAAGAGCUAGGCAAGAGCCAAAGCUCACAACUUGGUAUGCCAAUCCAUGUAUGGAGCCAGCAAAAACCGUAACAGACCCAAGAUCGUAUUCAAGAUCUUGGGAUAACAUCUUAGAUACCCACGUAGAACGGGAGCAGCCUGUACCUCGAGGGAAAAGUGAUGAGAAUCUCCUUUGUCAAGGGGCACAAACUUCAAGCGAAAGACCAAAACCUGUGGUUGUCAACCUUUCCAGCUCACCAAGGCGUUACGCUGCACUGUCAUUAUCAGAAAACUCUUUGAUUGACAAAAGUCCAACCGAGGCCAUGAGCUCCUCAAGUAAACUGUGGUUUGUCACACCUGAAAUUACAAUCACGGACAAUGAUAUCAGACAGGGCAAUCUUGGCAAACCAGAAGCACGCUCUGCAAGUUGGGAUGUGCUAGAUUCAAAAAGUGCCCAAAAUCAAGAAGCACCUCAACGUGACGCAAAAUCCCGCUCUGGAGAGUCUACCAAAGAGAAAACGCACAGCAGCACAUCCCUACAGCAAAGCUUAGAGCAACUCGACGAGCUUUUAGCUGACCUUGUCAUCGAUUACAAACCUCCAGCUAGGAGGACCAGCGAAGAUUUGCUUGAUCAACUCAAAAAGCUGAUUGAUGAAGAAGAAGCGGUAUCUUCAGCAAGAAAAGAUUCGACUCCAGGUUCUGAAAGCGGCAUGCCCCUUGACAAACAACCCACGUCAAUAAAGAUAGAUCCUGACACACUAAGAGACACCGAUGGGAGUUGUGAUGGGCUGAGAAGUACAGAGGAGUGCUCCCCUGACCAGAGUCCAGAUGAGGACGACACAAUGAUGUGUUCAAACAAUAAAUGCCGUCGGACUGAGACCUUGUUUAAUGCCUGCCUCUACUUUAAAUCCUGCCACAGCUGCUAUACCUACUACUGCUCUCGCAAUUGCCGCCGUGAGGACUGGGAUAUCCACAAAGAGAGUUGCCUGUAUGGGAGAAUCGGAAGCGUGUGUCGCCACAUUAUUAAGCACUGUCGAGAAACCACAGAGGUCCACAAAGCUUUCUCCCGUAUAGCCAAAGUGGGAUACCUGUCUCGGGGCAGGGGGGUCUUGUUUUUGGGAUUCCCAAAUCCAGGUUCAUCCACAAAUUUCCUUCAAUUUGGACUGGAAAGUCUGCUCAUGUCACCAACAUACCUAUCUCUCCGCGAGCUGGAGAGCUUCAAGGAUAACCUUGGGGAAUAUUGCAAGGAGCUCCAAGAGGCGGGGAAGGAAUAUGACCCAAAUGAAUGUUUUCUCUUGAAUGUAUCCAUUGCUGUUGGUGAUCAAGUGCCUGACGGACCAUCGCCAAGGGUCCAAGCCCCAACCGUCAGGAAAUUUGCCAAGGUUGCUCUCGCCUCAUACAGCCCAGAAAAAAAAGUCCAUCGGAAGGAAAGUGACAUGGAGACUUUGAUCCUGACCCCUCCACCAGGUAUGGCUGACAUUGACAAGGAAGGCGAGGAAGGAAGGAAAGCCAGGGAGAUCUGCUUCAUCAACAUUCAGCGGGAGUUGAGGAUACGUGGGGUGUUUCUUCGCCACGAGUAUCCCAAUGUCUAUCAAAAGCUCUGUGAGUUUGUUGAGAACAACAGGAGGUUCACGCCAACUACUAUUUACCCUAUUGAUAAAAGGACCGGCAAGCAGUUUAUGUGCAUGAUAAUGGCAGCCUCUGAGCCACGAACUUUGGACUGGGUAGCGAACCCACAUCUCCUAGAUGACAUUAUUUAAAACAAGUGCACCUUUUUAUACUUUAAAGCAUAGAUCUCACUAUAGGACAUAUCUAAAUAUAUCAAGCUUAUUUGUUAUACAUGUUUGUAGAUAUGUAUUUUGUUAAUUGAAAGAAAAAAAAAAGACGUAUUCAUGUCUGCAAGGUCAGUAUUAUUCAAUGUUGGAAUAUUGCCCAUCAGAUGUUGAGUGAGUAAUUCACAUUGUUUGUUCAUCGAGUCCCAGGUUUGUUCUUUUAUGCUUCACUAGCAAUUACUGCCCUUCUGUUACUUUGUAGCAAAUUCUCUUUUGAUAUUCGUUGAUUGCUCAUGACGAAAGAGAGAAAUCUUCUAUUUAUUUUGAAAAAACUACAGAAUUCUGUACUUAUUUACUGCAGAGUUUAAUAUUCUUUCCUAUGCAAAAAUGACCAACAUUGUCCCGCAAAAAUGUUGAAGUUUUGGCUAAAGAAAUAUGGUACUAUAUUUCAUUUUAUCAAAAAAAAAAGUGUAUUUUUAUUGGUAUGACCAGGAAUUAUAUUAUAUUAUAUUAUAUUAUAUUAUAUUAUAUUAUAUUAUAUUAUAUUAUAUUAUAUUAUUAUUUGGCACAAACUUAAAGAGGAACUAAUAGUGCAGAGUAGAAUGGCAGUACACACAGGACUGUGGAUUAUCCACGGUCUAUUAAAUGUACUUUGAGGAACGGCUUUAAUUAAAAAGAGAGCUGCUUCAUAUUAAGCAGCACCUAGAAUUUUGUGCUCCAACCUGGUAAACUCAUUUCCGUAAAUGCUUUACGUGAUUUAGGUUUCAGUUUAAUGAAGUAAUUGGUGCUUUUAUGUAUGUUUGGUAGAAUUACUUGAGCAAUAACAAACUUGAAGACAAAAUCUGGAAAAUAUUGGUAUCAGUUUUUGUGCAACACAUUAGGUGUUGGCCGGUACUGUUCCAUCAGAAACACUGUGAACUGAGAUUCCUCUUAUGUGCGUCACUGAAACAGUGUCCUUGUGAUCACCUAGUAGACUCGGAAAUAUUUUAGUAGUUGUUAAGGUUAUGAGGGAUAUGAUAUGAGAUGCAGCAGUAGUUUCUGUAUUAGACUGUAUGGUAUAUAUUGGUUAUUAGGCUUGGGGAAAAAAUGUAGUAUAUCUUAUUGUGGUUUUAUUUUCACUUACUGGUUUGAUAUUUGAAUUGUACAUCUGGUCAUUUAAACAUGCAACCUUGGUAAUAAAACAGCACUGAUUCUUGAGCGACUGUGCAAAAUGGUCCACAUUUUUAUCUGCAAUUAAAAUGCUAAAAAUGUAUUUUGUUACAUAAGUCAAAACACUGUAAUUUUAUAAACUCUUUUUUUCCAAAAGAAGAUUUUAUAAACUAUAAAAUACUGUAUUAAUGCAAA